AUGUCCCCGCAGAAGCGACAACAACAACAACAAGAACGGCCACAGUUGUCGCCGCGGCAGGAGGAUGGAAGGGAGAGCGGGCAGCAGGCGGCGGCGGCGGGCUUGGGGAUCGGAACGGGCGAGCGGGAGCGGGAACGCAAGUUCUCCAAACGGGACCUUUUUGGAGGGCUGUUGAGUCGCAGCAAAGGCCGGGGCACCAGCAGCAGCGCAUCGACGCCGGCGUCGUCGACCAAGUCUGGGUGGGGGGCCGGUGCCGAGUCACCGAUAAAGUUGCCCUCAGCACGCUUUCCACAUUUCGAAGCUUCCAUGGUCUCAGAUCAUCCACGCUUUGUCGUUCUAUUUUCCACCUUUUUUGUGGUCCUCACCCCGGUUGUCUUCUCAGGCAAGGUUUCUGAGGUGGGCGCUUCAAGUCUGGACCAGCUCAGCCUCCACCGCCCCGAAGCUCCAAUGUCCCUGAUGCCCCCGAGGUCGAAAGCUGGAGAUGAGGAAGUCCUCAGGAUAGCAGCAAGGUCGUGCCGGGAAGAUGCACGCAACGCAGUAAGAUUCAUCAUAUCCAAACAUCCCGCGCAUACACACCUCACAUAUUUGGACAAUCACACGCACCUUCACCUCACCACCACCACCACCCCUCCGCUUCCGCUUCGCUGUCAACCCCCGCAACCCUCAGACCAGGUCCCGUUCCCGCGUCAGUGUCGGUGGGUUUGUCUUGGCUAA